CCCGCGCCCGGCGGGCCCGCCCCCGGGGCGGGGCGGCUCCGGCUGUGAGCCCCCGCCCAGCUGACCCGCCGCUCUCCCCCUAGCUCGCUGCGGCCCCGGCGCGCAGGGCCGGGCAGCCGCCAUGUCGGGCCCGUUCGAGCUCUCGGUGCAAGAUCUCAACGACCUGCUCUCGGACGGCAGCGGCUGCUACAGCCUCCCGAGCCAGCCCUGCAACGAGGUCACCCCGAGGAUCUACGUGGGCAACGCGUCUGUGGCUCAAGAUAUCCCCAAGCUGCAGAAACUGGGUAUCACCCAUGUCCUGAACGCGGCUGAGGGCAGGUCCUUCAUGCACGUCAACACCAAUGCCAACUUCUACAAGGACUCCGGCAUCACCUACCUGGGCAUCAAGGCCAACGACACGCAGGAGUUCAACCUCAGCGCCUACUUCGAAAGGGCAGCGGACUUCAUUGAGCAGGCCUUGGCUCAAAAGAACGGCCAGGUGCUCGUCCACUGCCGUGAGGGUUACAGCCGCUCCCCGACUCUCGUCAUCGCGUACCUUAUGCUGCGGCAGAAGAUGGACGUCAAGUCUGCCCUGAGCAUCGUGAGGCAGAACCGUGAGAUCGGCCCCAACGAUGGUUUCCUGGCCCAGCUCUGCCAGCUCAAUGACAGACUAGUCAAGGAGGGGAAAUUAAAACUCUAGGGCAGCCCCGCUGCCUUGUCUGCCGGGGAGGCCCUGGUUGAAGGUGUCCCAAGCCGCCAUGUUUAGGAAACACACUGUACCCCGCUCCCAGCAUCACAAGGCACAUGCCCACAAGUCUGUCCCUACACAGUCCUGGGCCGCUUUCCCCCUCGGGAGCACAUAAAGAUGCUUGCUGAGGAGGGCAUCCUUGUUCCCUGAUUGUCCUGUUGUAACUUACGUCCUUUUUCUGGGGGUGGGGGCUUGGAGAGGGAAGGCCUGUGGCCCGCAUGCUUGACGGCCCAGGGCAGGAGGUCUGGAAGGGUGAGGCCUGAGAUGUUCACAGGGGCCCCUCACAACCUCCCCUCCCUCACCUCCAGAUCCUCUCCUGAGCGGGAACCUCAGCACCUGAGCCCUAGUACAGGAGCUAUGCAAACGCAGGCCCCCUCCCCACCACGUCUGUGUCCCCUGGUGUCCCCGCAGCCUUCCCCACCCUGCACGGGGGUAGAGUUCUCGCGCCACAAACGCGAGAGGCAGGGGCGGGGGUGUCCAUCAGUUGUUAGUGGAUGGAAAUUCCCACAAGAGGCUGCAUUUUAAUGAUUUUCGUGGGGUUAAUUGGGUGGGUAACAAAUUCUGGAAGACUCUGCUAAAUCCAUAGAGUUUUUAAAAUGUGAAUCUUUGGAUGGUUGAAUUCAGAAACCACGGCUUUGGACUAUUUCCCUCGGAGCUCUCUCAGUCACUUCGUCUGUUAGAAGAGCGAUGCUUUGGGCAUGGUUUUAUUUUUCUUUUUUAGAAAACAGGGUGUUGAAGUCCAGCCUAUUUAAAAACCCCACCAUUUGGAGAAUGACAAGGGUUUUGUCCUGAAUUAUAGUGUUGGCGAGCCCAAGCCACUUGUGCUAACUGCUUUUUGUCUCAGUUGCUAUUCCUAGACCUGAAGGAGGAAGCUGGCCAGUGACAGCAUGUGUGUGUGGGUGCAGAUGGGGGUGUGCCUCUGGGAAACGAAUGGUCCCGGGCACACACCCUGCCCACUUACAGGUGCCAAUGGAGGGUCCCUGGAGAGACUCAGAGACAUGGCAGAGUGGCCAAAUGAAUCCUUUAUUGGUGGUAGAG